AUGGGUGAUUUUAACUCAGCUCUAAAUCUUGAAGAUCAGUCGAUGGGGACUUCGUCUAUCUCGGUUAGUAUGCGUGAGUUUCAGGCUUGUCUUAAUGAUAUUGAGGUAUUUGACAUCAACCGUUCAGGAUUUCAUUUUACUUGGAAUCAAAAGCCUAAGGAAGGUAUAGGUUUGCUAAAGAAGAUUGAUAGGGUGCUGGGUAAUACGGCUUUUGUGGUUGAUUAUCCGAGUUCUGUGGCUGUUUUUAACUCAUACAGGCUUUCGGACCAUUGCCUGUGCAUCUUAAAGAUCCCGAAAGGUGGAGAGGUUAAACGGAAAUCAUUUAAAUUUGCAAACUUUUUGGUGUUUAAACCAGAAUUUAUUAAGAUUGUUCAAAAAUAUUGGGAGACGAACAUUGAUGGUGUUCAUCAGUUCCGAGUUGUUAAGAGGCUUCGCUUGUUAAAGUCUCCAUUACGAGCUCUUUUAUUUCAACAAGGAAAUCUCCAUCGGGAUAUGAACACGGCAUUCUUCCAUUCGACGCUAAAAAACAGGAACUAUAGGAGUCGGACUGAUGUAAUUAAAGAUGCCGAUGGAAUUGUGUAUGAGGGGGACCAGGUUCAUUCGGCUCUAGUCAAACACUAUGAGAAGUUUCUGGGCGGUCAGGAUGAGAUAUCGCUAACACCCACUCGCGAUUUGUUUUCUAAUAAAUUGCAACCUGAAGUGGCUAGUUAUAUGGUUCAUCAAGUUACGGAGGAUGAGGUGAAGAAUGCUAUGUUCUCGAUUGGUAUUGAUAAGGUCCGGGUCCUGAUGGCUACGCCAGCUUAUGUCACAGAUUAUCGGCCGAUUGCGUGUUGCAAUGUGCUUUAUAAAUGUAUUAGUAAGAUUAUUGCGGAUCGAAUCAAAGUGGCGUUAAAUGGGAUUGUGAGUGUUAAUCAGUCUGCUUUUGUUCCAGGUAGGAAAAUUUCUGACAACAUCCUUCUUACUCAGGAAUUAAUGCACAACUAUCAUAGAAAUUCGGGCCCUCCUAGGUGUGCAUUCAAAGUUGACAUCCAGAAAGCGUAUGAUACCGUGGACUGGAGUUUUCUUAAAUCAACGUUACUUGGGUUUGGGUUCAAUAGUCGGAUGGUGGAUUGGAUUAUGGUUUGUGUGGGUACUCCAUCUUUCUCGGUUUGUGUUAAUGGUAAUGUUCAUGGCUACUUUAGAGGCCAACGAGGGUUAAGGCAAGGGGAUCCCAUUUCUCCAUACCUUUUCACUCUUGUUAUGGAGAUUUUGACGGCUAUUCUGAAAUGUGAGACUUCGAUUGAUUCUUCGUUCAGAUUUCACAACAGAUGUGAGCGUCAGCAGAUUAUAAAUCUUUGCUUUGCGGAUGACCUUUUCAUGUUUGCUAGAGGUGAUGUGAAUUCGGCUAAGUGCAUUAUGUCUUCUCUUACCAUAUUCUCCAACAUGUCAGGUUUAAUCCCUAGUAUUCCGAAGAGCACGGUUUUCUUUUGCAAUGUUCCUAAUAAUGUUAAACAAUCUAUUCUUAAUAUUUUACCAUUUGUGGAGAGAUCGCUACCGGUUAGAUACUUGGGGGUUCCACUAAUUUCUUCAAGACUUCUCUAUAAGGAUUGUAAUGUCCUUAUUGAGAAAUUGGAUAGCCCUCGGGUAAUUCGUGACCUGGAGGCUAGAAUGAGGAAUUAUUUAUGGUCUCAAGAUGCUUCGUUUCGAAGAGGUAAGGCGAAAGUUUCAUGGAAAUCUGUUUGUCUUCCAAAAUUUGAAGGGGGUUUGGAAAUUAGGCGUAUUGGUGAUAUAAACAAAGCUCUUAUGGCAAAUCACAUUUAG